UCUCGUAAUAGGAACUAAAAACCAGUGAAAUAUUGUCUCAGUUUUAUAAGUCAUUUAGUCAUGUUGACUACACUAAAAUUCUGCUUGUUUCUAACAAAACUUUUUGCUCUUUUUCAAGCAUCUUGCUCUGAGGUGAUAACAAAGGGAACAUUUUUCAUCAGAGACACGGAAAGCUACCAAACCAAAUCGAGGGUGAUGCCUUCUGCGCCUAGGCACAAGCCAGUGGUUCAAAGCAGUGCUGUUUAUCACAUUUGCAGUUUUCGUGAAGAUUGUUUUGCUGUGAAUCGGACAAGAAUAGCAAAAAGCAGGUUUUGCCCAAAUGUAAUUGUGAGGUGGAAAAAGAUGUUAAAGGAGACAAGUCUAAAAAGAUUUAAAGACUGCAAGACUUUAUACGACUGGGGAAAUCGACGUAGCGGUAUUUACGAAAUAUGGCCAAAAGGCACAGAUAAUGGUAACCUUGCUGUGUUUUGUAAUAUGGACGUCGAUGGAGGUGGAUGGAUAACGAUCCAAAGAAGAGUGGACGAAAAUAGGUACUUCAACAGUGAAUGGAAACAAUACAAAGAUGGUUUUGGAGAUCUAAGUAGAAACAUGUGGAUAGGCUUAGAAAAUAUGAAUUUCCUCACCUCAAGUGAGAAAUCAGCGACUUUGCGAGUAGAUAUAACAUUUCAAGAGUCAGCACGAAAGUACAAAGCUUUUGCGAAGUAUGAGACAUUCAAAGUUCAAAGUGAGGCUAAUGGAUACAGACUACAUAUUGGUAACUUUUCUGGCAAUGACGUAAACGCCAUGGAAACACAAAAUGGAAAGCAAUUUAGUACAGGAGACAGAGACCAAGAUGGCUGCAGUUGUAGCUGUGCCUCUCUCUACACUGGAGGCUGGUGGUUUGGCGACUGCUCGAAAGGACCAAGCGCAAAUCUAAAUGGCAUAUAUACAGAAGAAGGCACAGAUCCUGCCCAAGAAAUUACUUGGAAAAAUGAAGGAAAGCGGAAGAUUGUUUAUGUUGAAAUGAGUAUGAAAUACAAUUGACAACAAUUUAUAGUACUAUGCAAUUACUAUAUACGACUCACUUUAACCUGGGUGCCAGAGUCUCCACAAUUUAGUUUCAGAAUUAUAUACUUGAGUGGGGAUAAGGGAAAGAGAAUUUUCCUCCCUUCCUCUUUAUCUACAAAUUUGUCAUAUACUACGCAUAAUUUGCUUCUCAAAAGGUGAAUAGACUAAGAUUUACGCUUUGCUGUUUAAAAUAAGGCGGUUCUAAGUAGCAAUUAGGAUCUUGCUUAAUGCAAUCAUCAGGCAAUUGCUGGAGUUUUCAUAGCUAACAUUAUCUAGGAGGAUAUUCCCUUUCCCUUACGUAUAAGACAACGUUUAGCUAAUUUACAAAAUAUUCCUACACACUGUAGCUCGGGCAUUUUGAAGGACAACGUUAGACAGUUGGUUCAAUUUCUUGAUUUUUUCUUAUUUCAUUUACUUUCUUCCAUUACUGUUUGAUUAGAUAUUUUGUUAGUUAUUUAUAUAUAGGAAUAAAUGGCUUGAAUUGAAUAUCACCAUGUUUGAUGACCAACUGUUGUAGCAGCUUUACACUAAUCUAACGAGUCAAAUUACUUAAUCUAAUGACUGGAAGAUUGUUUUUCUUGGUUCCUACUUCUAGUAUGAAUACAAACUGUUCUAGUUACCUACUGAAAAAUAAUAUACAAUUCAAUUCCAUUAAAGUGCACCAUCAAGGGGUGUAAGAUAAUGGUCUGACUUUUCCAAUGUCUGAUUAUUCCAGGGUUCGUCUUUUGGUGUGAAUCCGAUAGGAAAAUCCAAUGAUACUUCUAAAUCAGUUUUUCGUUGUACGACUUAAAGCGAUUCAGCUGUUUUAAGAAUAGAACAGUUUACAACUAGCAUGCUUUUCGUAGACAGCAUAAUGUAUGGGUUUAAAAAUCCCUUAAGGAGAAAAGAGAUUUUGACAAGCAUAACAAAGGUCGAUGAAGGGACAAUAAUUUUGCAUGAUUCAGACGUAGUUGAAAUGUUUAAUAAUUCCUUUUUCACUGUUACCAAUUCUCUUAGAAUUGUUGAGCAAGGAAAAACUAUCCUUGAUUCUGAAAUAGCUAGGGGACCUAUUGGUCAAA